AUGGUAGAGGAAAACUGUGCCACAGUGACAGAGUUCAUUCUCCUGGGGUUAUCAGACAUCCCUGAGCUGAAAGUCUUCCUCUUCCUGUUUUUCCUUCUAAUCUAUGGAGUCACAGUUGUGGGCAACCUGGGCAUGAUUGCACUGGUUCAGGUCAGCCGUCAGCUUCGCACCCCCAUGUACUUCUUCCUCAGCCACUUGUCCUUUGUGGAUUUCUGCUACUCCACCAUCAUUGUGCCUAAUCUGAAUAAUAUCAUAAACAAGGACAAAGCCAUUUCUUUCGUGGAAUGCAUGGUACAAUUCUAUUUGUUUUGUAUUUAUGCAGUCACUGAGGUCAACCUGCUGGCUGUUAUGGCCUACGACGCUUUUUUGGCCAUCUGCAACCCCCUGCUGUACAUGGUCAUCAAGUCCCAGAAACUGUAUAUGGAGCUGGUGUCUGGCUGCUACCUGUGUGGAACAGUGUGUUCUCUGAUGCACUCGUGUUUACUUCUUGAGAUCCCUUCCUAUAAAUCAAAUGUGAUUAACCACUACUUCUGUGAUCUACCCCAUCUCUUAUCUCUUGCCUGCUCUGAUGUCUCUAUGAAUGAACUGCUGUUGUACAUUGUGGCCACUGUCAAUGAGAUCAGCACCAUCUUGGUCAUCCUCACCUCCUACUUGUUUAUUCUCAUCACCAUCCUGAGGAUGCGCUCUGAAGAGGGAAGACGCAAAGCAUUUUCCACCUGUGCCUCCCACUUCACAGCUGUCAUUGUCUUCCAUGUAACAAUCCUUUUCAUUUAUUGCAAGCCCAGCUCUGGCAAGUGUCUGUACACAGACAAGGUAGCCACAGUGUUCUACACUAUAGUGAUUCCCAUGCGGAACCCCCUGAUCUAUAGCCUGAGGAACAAAGACGUGAAGGAAGCUCUCAGGAAAGUGGUGGGAUUUAACUUAAUCUCCAAGAGGUCAUUUUCUUAGCUAUACUUAGUUUCAAAAGGAACCUUUAUGGAUGGAUUUUUGUUUUGGUGGAAAUGGAUGA